AUGGCUGGGUCUUUGCUCUCUUCCUCCUCAGAAAUCAUAGUUCGAGCUCUAUCGCUGGAGUCGGAAGGCAAACUUACACAAACAUUUGUCUGCUGUGAGGAAGGCAUUGGGUUGUUGCUGAAGUGCUUGAAAUGUGAAUCUGGUAAUGGUAGAAAAGUUUAUUUAAGAACCGAAAUUGUGGAAAAAAAUCACGGCCUACAUUUCACGCGCAGAAGAAAUAAAGGAAAACAUCCGGCAAAGGCCAAAAGGUCACCUCUUGAAUCUUUGAGCAUUUAUGUAGCUUGUAAAUACCAUGAACACAUUGAUAUAGCUGCCGAUGAGACUGGUUAUGGCUACUGCAAACUGUUUAGUAGAUUUCUGGACGAUGGCAAAAUAGAGAAGUUCUCCCAUUUCUGCGAAGUACUUGUUGGAUCUGCGUCUCCUGUACGGCGUAUAAUUCUCCAAACUGGAGUUGAUUGUGCCGUGAGUUUUGCCUUACGUCACAUUGCGCACUUGAAGGUUUUUCGCCCUGGAGCAAACUGGUUGUUUAUCCACUUCUUCACCUCCGUCUUCCCAGGUCGUGCUUCCACUUUCUGGCAUGAUCGUCGGGCCAUGCCAAAAACGUCCCAGCUCCUUAAUUACGUUAGUAAAAAACCUAAGGAACAAUUGAAGAAGUUUGAAACUCGGAAGCAAGAUCUACAACUGCGUAAAGUUGACUUCACAUGGAAUUUUUCUUCCUUGCUUCAUGACAGGCAAAUCCGGUUUAACAAUGGUUGGGUGGUCAAAAUUGGUCGGGGUCUGGAUUACAUCAAAAAUGCACCUUGCAAAUUUGUCGGACUCGGCGUUCACGAUUUUGAUUUUAGACCCUGCUUACAGACUACCAUAGAUAUAUUUUACGAAGCCGAACCCCCCAUUUAA